UGGUUUUGUUGAAUCAUUUAGUGCAAACUAUUGUUGUAGAUUUUGUUUAACUGAUAAGACAGAGUUGCAGUCAGUUUUUAGUGAAGAUCAUGUAGGCUUAACACUGCGUUCCAAAGAACUUCAUUACAAACACUGUGGUGCCAUUCAACAAAAUCCUGCUUUGGCCUCAACAUUUGGUGUAAAAAGAAAUUGUUUACUCAAUUCACUUCGGCUGUUCCAUAUUUCCGACAACUAUGCUGUAGACAUAAUGCAUGAUCUACUAGAGGGAGUGGUGCAGUAUGAGUUAAAGCUUGUGUUUCAGUACUUGAUUAAGACCUCUUUGAUAUCCUUGAAUUCAUUGUCACAGAGAAUUAUAAGCUUUAACUACGGAUAUGCACAGAGAAGGAACAGGCCAGGUGGGCUAAAACUGGAUGACAACAGCAAAGAUCUUGGGCUUAAUGCUGUGCAGUCAUGGUGUCUUUUGCGGAAUAGCCCAUUGAUUUUUGGAGAUAUUGUUUGCAGAAAUGAUGGACAUUGGAACUUGCUACUUUUGUUAGUUCAAAUUGUGAACAUUGUUUUUUCACCCAUUAUAACUCAUGGCAUGACUUGCUAUUUGAAACAUCUGAUUGCCGAUCAUCACAAGGCUUUCAAAUCUCUCUUUCCAGAACGGAAUUUGAUUCCAAAGCACCACCUAAUGAUCCAUUACCCACGCUGCAUUAGAAAAAUUGGGCCACUCAUACAUAUGUGGUGCAUGAGAUUUGAAGCAAAGCACAAGUUCUUCAAAAGAUCUGUAAAGAACUUUAAAAAUAUCACAAAAACACUAGUAAAAAAACAUCAGAAUCAAUUAGCCUUUCAUUUUGAAAAUUUUUAUUUUAAAAGAUUACAGUUUGGCCCCAUUAAUGAAGUCUUGGCCAGCAGCUUAAAAGGCAGUGAAGCACUGAAUAAAAUGUUUGACGUUUCUUCUAUUGUUUCUACAACUUCCUGGGUCAAAAGUUAUGGUACAGAAUAUCAAGUUGGGAUGUAUGUUUGUUCUGGUGUUGAAAAUGAGAUGCCUUUGUUCAGUAAGAUUGUCAAUAUAAUUGUUAGAGAUUUCAAUGCUUAUCUUCUAACUUGUAAGGUCUCAACAGUAUAUUUCAAUGAUCACUUAGAUGCAUUUGUUAUUGAGGAUGGAUUAGAUGUCUUUGCACUGAUCUCUGUAGAUGAUCUGGUGUACUAUAGACCUUAUGAUAGGCAAUUUUCAAAUGGCACUGAUGACAAAAUGUACAUUGUCCUAUACUGUUAUUUUGUAUAACUUGUUUACUUGUGGUGUAUCUGAAUACAAAGUAUUUUGGAAUGUUAAUGUCUUGUAUUUCUUUGUAAUGGGUAGAUGUUAGGGGUUAAUUGUAGCAGUAGAGAUAUCAGAGAUUAAUGGGAGUUUAUUGUAAUCUGGUGGUAUUGAUGAUUUGACUGACACUAGUGUUAGUGUUAGAAAAUUAACACUAUUCAGAGUUGAAUUUUUAAACACCAGGGCUAGUGUAAAGUACUACCAACACUAUUCGGUGUUAAUUUUUAACACUUAACACCAGUGUAGAAUAUUUUUGACACUGGUCAGUGUUACUCAGUGUUAAUCUAUAACUCUGUGCAGUGUUAAAAUAACACUAGGUCAUUGUUAAAAAUAUAACACUUUGAAAAGUGUUAAUUUAACACUCAAAAGAGUGGACACAUAUAGACACUUUGCUAGUGUGAAAUUAACACUCACAGUGUUAAUUUCACACUAGCGAUUUUGCUGUGUACAUGCAAAGAGGCUUUCAAGAAAAUUACAAGGAUGCCAUAUAGUUUACAACAUAUCUUAACUGGACAAAUCCUCAGAUAAACCACUUCAAAAAACUGCAGACGUCAUUAAAAGGGCAAUAUAACAGAAGAUGGUUAGACGCCGAAACAGCAGGCAUAUUGCCAGGCUCGUGGAUAUGGUGACCACGGCUUAGUUGAUAUUAGCUGCACCGAACAAGCACAACUGUCAAGAUAGACAGGAUAGAGAUAAGACACUGAGUUGGUUUAAGAUGCAGUUUAUCCACAACAUAAAUGUCUGCUGUAUGAAUGGGUGAUCGAGGUGUGUUGUACAAAGUGCUUUAAUGGCUCAGGUUGAGUAGAAAAGCGCUAAAUAAUAACAGUCAGCAGUAUGGCUGCCAGUGAUCACAUGGGAAUAUUUUACGCAGUCUAAUUUUAAAGAAUCUGAUUUAUUUGAUCAACACAUCAAUGAUUCAUCAGACACUUUGAGUAAAGUUGAUUUAUGAAGUUAAAUAAACAGACAACACAAAAGGUUAAAUGUAGAUAAAAGUUUAACAUUAAAACAAAACUCAGCAGGAAUGUUUAAACAUAACCGUUUACAGCUGUAACAAUGUCAGCAAACAAUCUUUAAAUAUAUGCAGCAGUUUCUAAAGUAGUGUUCUUUAAAUGUUACAUUUAUUAUUUUUUAUUGUACUUAAAAAAUGUUUAGCAAGGAAUUGAAAGUGAAAUAAUGAAGAAUUCACAUUGAUAGGCAUCGUAGUUUAAUAUUGAAAUGUUAUUUUAAUGUUGUUGUAUGUGUACUGAGUCAAAGUAUACCAAAUAAUCAUGGAUAUGUUCAUGUUGCUGAAAUAAUGUUUUUAAUGAUGUCAUUUUAGUCGUGUUAAUGUCAAUUUCCAAUAAUAACCCUGCUAACAGGGCUGCAGCAUCCUUUUUAAAGAAAUUCUAAUAUAAUACUAAAGCUAGAGCUCUCUGGCAACAGAGAGGCUGCUUCCUACUCAUUUAUCUCCAUCAAACCAGGCUCAAUUCAGUCUGUAACAGGAUUACUAAUAUUCACUGUAUUUCAGAAUGACAAA